GCUAAAGAGUGCAGACUUUACAAACUCCGUAACAAGCAGAGGAUCUCCGUGUCUGCAGCCUCCAAACUGCUCUCCAACAUGAUGCUGGGAUACAGAGGCAUGGGCCUGUCUAUGGGGAGUAUGAUCUGCGGCUGGGACAAACAGGGUCCAGGCCUGUACUAUGUGGAUGAUAAUGGCACACGUCUCUCCGGCCGGAUGUUCUCCACUGGCUGUGGGAACAGCUAUGCGUAUGGUGUAGUGGACAGUGGUUAUCGUGAGGAUAUGACUGUGGAGGAGGCGUAUGAGCUGGGCCGUCGUGGUAUUGCUCAUGCUACACACAGAGACGCUUACUCCGGUGGUGUGGUCAACCUGUACCACAUGCAGGAGGACGGCUGGAUCAAGGUGUGUAAGGAGGACGUGUCAGAGUUAAUCCACAAAUAUAAGAAGGGAAUGUUCUGAUCUGAUCUCUCAUUUAUCUGACAGUAAAAAUUAAACUGUUAUCA